AUGUCGACAGCAAACGAAUCAACUCCUAUUUCGGUAGACUCUGAGUCCGAUAACAGCUAUGAGCACCUUGAAGAUGGCAACUUCUCGUCGUUUGCACGAUCUUUGGCAUCAACCGUUGUCAAUCAGACAUAUGAAAAUGGAAGAAGAUACCAUUCUUUUAGGGAAGGCGCAUACAUAUUUCCAAACGAUGAGAAAGAGAACAAUCGAUUAGAUAUUGUACAUCAUAUGAUGUAUCUCCUAUGUGAUGAACAGCUUCAUCUGGCGCCUAUUGGCGAAAGUCCGCAGAAUAUCCUCGAUAUCGGUGCCGGGACCGGCCUUUGGUGCUGCCAAAUGGGGGAUGACUAUCCUUCAGCACAGAUACUAGGCAUCGACUUGAGUCCUAUACGAAACACAUUCGAUGCUACUCCAGACAACGUGAGAUUCGAAAUCGAUGACGUCGAAAGCGAAUGGACAUUUAUCAACAAUUUCGAUUACAUCCAUAGCCGCUACAUGACCGCCUCGAUACGAGAUUGGCCAAAGCUGAUUGAGAGAUGUUACAGUCAUUUGAUGCCUGGCGGCUGGGCUGAGUUUCAAGACUCCGACGCAAGGUGGUAUUCCGAUGACGACUCGUACAAUCAAGACUCAGCACUUGGAAAAUGGCUCAAGUUAUUUCACGAAGCCGCGUACGCACAUGGCCGUGAGCUGGCGCCGGGACCCAAGCUCGAAGGAUGGGUGCGCAGUGCAGGUUUCACUGAUGUUGUGACUAAGAAGCUUCGGGUUCCUGUUGGAAAAUGGCCGAGAGAUCCGAAAUUGAAAACUGUCGGAACAUGGAACCUCAUCCAGAUCAUUGAAGGGAUGGAGGGAUUUUCCAUGGCCCUUUUUUCGCGAGUUUUAGGAUGGUCCCCCGAUGCCAUCCAAGCCUUCGUCUCCGACGUGGUUGAAGAUCUCCGCAAUCCAAAAAUGCAUGCACUAUUUGACCUGUGA